AUAAUUUUUCCAUUUUUGGAUGUCCACCCACUCAAACUCAACAUUAAACCGAAGCCAGCAAACGAACAAACUAACUGAGACGAAUGGAAGCAACAGAAGCAACGAAUUCGGAAACCCUAGAUCACAAUCACCAAAUUUCUCAACAACACAACGAACAAGAUCAUCAAAACCUUGAAGAUAACACCGAUCCAAUCACCAGAGAAACAGAGGAUCCGUUAUCAUCAUCGUCAUCUUCAUCCAUUAGUCAAACAGAGAUUCUGAGAGCAGUUGAGGUGGUCGAGAGGAACUCCGUCGCCAUUUCCGACAGCUUUUCAUCUCUUUUCGCAUCUCUCCGUCUUGCUCUCUCUGAGGUUACCAGUCGUUCGGUUGAUCAUGUGCAAUGCUUUAACGAGGCUGCUGGUCGUCUUCAAGAAUCUGCUCUGGAUUCUGCAACAAAGGGGAAUCUGUACAUAAACUCGUGUCUCAGAUUGAAUGAGGAAAUGAGAGGCAUUGAUACCCUAGCCAUGCAACUAAAAGUACUGCGCAGAAAUGUCGAUGCUUUGGAUACAGCCGUGAAUAGCCUCGUUCGUCUUCAUUGAAGUUCACUUGGUUAAUGAGUUCAUUUUUUUGUGAUUCAAGUGAUGGUUGUAUUGAUCUAGUCUUUUAAGACGUGACGAUUUGGUAACGACUUUUUAUGUUUCUUGUUUUGUGUUUAUAUUUAAGAAAAAGCUUUUAGUAAUCAAAGCCUUGAUAUGUAAA